ACCCUACCAACUCUUUGUACCACACAGAGCAAGAUGCCUCCUAAGUUCGAUCCCAAUGAAGUGAAGAUUCUCCUUAUGAGAGCCGUUGGUGGCGAAGUUGCCGGUGGUUCUACCCUUGCUCCCAAAAUCGGUCCCUUGGGUCUGUCUCCCAAGAAGGUCGGUGAGGACAUUGCCAAGGCCACCAAGGACUGGAAGGGUCUCCGUGUCACCGUCAAGUUGACCAUCCAGAACCGUCAAGCCACCGUUUCUGUGGUUCCUGCUGCUUCUUCCUUGGUCAUCAAGGCUCUUAAGGAGCCUGCCCGUGACCGUAAGAAGGACAAGAACAUCAUUCACUCUGGCAACCUCUCCCUCGAUGAGGUCAUUGAGAUCGCUCGUACUAUGCGUUUCAAGUCUCUUGCCAAGGAGCUCUCCGGUACCGUCAAGGAGAUUUUGGGCACUUGCUUCUCUGUCGGCUGCACCGUCGACGGCAAGAACCCCCACGACUUGCAAAAGGAGAUCGACGCCGGUGAAGUUGAGAUCCCCCAGGAGUAAAAAAGUCAAGCGUGUUGUUAAGAAAUAUUAAUAUUCGCCGUUGGUACAAUAUGCAGGUUGGGUACAGCGUGCUUCUGGACUUGUUUAGCUGUAGGUGAGAGUCGUUGUAAAUAUACUAUAUGCUGUGUUUCACGUGUUG